AUGUGCAUUCACACUGGAGUGAAACCGUAUCAGUGUUCACAGUGUGGAAAGAGUUUUAAUGGACCGAGUGCUCUUAAAAUACACCUGCGCAUUCACACUGGAGAGAAACCAUAUCAGUGCUCACAGUGUGGAAAGAGUUUUUAUAUACAGAGUACUCUCAAAAGUCACCAGCGCAUUCACACUGGAGUGAAACCGUAUCAGUGCUCACAAUGUGGGAAGAGUUUUAAUCAACAGUGUGAUCUUAAAAUACACCAGCGCAUUCACACUGGAGAGAAACCGUAUCAGUGCUCACAGUGUGGGAAGAGUUUUAAUCAACAGUGUGAUCUUAAAAUACACCAGCGCAUUCACACUGGAGUGAAACCGUAUCAGUGCUCACAGUGUGGAAAGAGUUUUAAUCAACAGAGUAAUCUUAAAAUACACCAGCGCAUUCACACUGGAGAGAAACCAUAUCAGUGCUUACAGUGUGAGAAGAGUUUUAAUCAACAGUGUCAUCUCAAAACACAUCAGCGCAUUCACACUGGAGAGAAACCAUAUCAGUGCUCACAGUGUGAGUGUGGGAAGAGUUUUACUAAGCAGAGUAAUCUCCAACAACACCAGCAUGUUCACACAGGAGAGAAACCAUAUCACUGCUCAGAGUGUGGAAAGAGUUUUGCUAAACAGGGUACCCUUCAAAAACACCAGCGCAUUCAUACAGGAGAGAAGCCAUUUCAGUGCUCGGACUGUGAAAAGAGUUUUACUCAAAGCAGUAACCUUAAAUUACACCAGCGUAUUCACACAGGAGAGAAACCGUAUUACUGCUCAGAGUGUGGGAGGAGUUUUUCUUACAGUAUUGCUCUUAAAGUACACCAGCGUAUUCACACUGGAGAAAAGCCCUAUCACUGCUCAGAGUGUGGAAAGGGUUUUAUUCAAAGAAGUGACCUUAAAGUACACCAGCGUGUUCACACUGGAGAGAAGCCGUAUCACUGCUUAGAGUGUGGAAAGAGUUUUGCUCAACAGAAUAACCUUCAAAAACACCAGCGUAUUUACACAGGAGAAAAACCGUAUUACUGCUCAGAGUGUCGAAAGAGUUUUGCUGAACAUGGUACUUUUCAAAAACACCAGCGUAUUCACACAGGAGAGAAACCAUAUAACUGCACUGAGUGUGGAAAGAGUUUUGCUGAACAUGGUACCCUUCAAAAACACCAGCGUAUUCACACAGGGGAGAAACCAUAUUACUGCUCAGAGUGUGGAAAGAGUUUUGCUGAGCAUAGUACCCUUCAAAACCACCAGCGUAUUCACACAGGAGAGAAACCGUAUAACUGCACUGAGUGUGGAAAAAGUUUUACUCAAAGUAGUGCCCUUAAAGUACACCAGCGCAUUCACACAGGAGAGAAACCGUAUAACUGCACUGAGUGUGGAAAAAGUUUUACUCAAAGUAGUGUCCUUACAGUACACCAGCGUAUUCACACAGGAGAGAAGCCGUAUCACUGCUCAGAGUGUGGGAAAGUUUUUAACUGGUCUUGGAGUAAUCUCCAACAACACCAGCACAUUCACACAGGAGAGAAGCCAUAUCACUGCUCAGAGUGUGGGAAGAGUUUUACUAUGCAGAGUAAUCUCCAACAACACCAGCACAUUCACACAGGA